AAAAUGCAGUGCAAAUACACCUUGUGGCUAAACUAAAAAUAAAGCGCAAAGAAUAAACAAUAAACAGUGGAAAUUUUCGUUUGUGUUUAGGGCUGGAAAGUGCGAAAGAUUAAGAAUAAACAAUUUAGGAAAAAGAAAAAAAAACAAUUAAAUCUUUAAACCAGACAUCAAAUAAAAAAGUUCAAAUAUUUUUAGCACAACGCGCAAUCCGAAGACAAAGUAAUGCGAUGGCGCCUACACAAGCGUCUACAGUUUCCAACACCUUUGGAUUAUUAACAUCUACUGCCGAGCAUUCCAUCGGCCUUAAUGUCAGCAGCGCGCUUUACGCCAUUCACAACAGCUCCGUUAAGGCGUUCAACAAUUCCACAGCCACCUUCAAUUACACCUUUGAGGCAGAGCACAACGUUACGCUUCAACACUACUAUGAUCUCGGCCCGACGCGUGACCCACUUAAAAUCGUCAUACCCAUGACGAUCAUUUACAGUUUAAUAUUUGUUAGCGGCGUCAUUGGCAACAUCAGCACCUGCAUUGUAAUCAAGAAAAAUCGCUCCAUGCACACAGCCACCAAUUAUUAUCUCUUCAGCUUGGCCAUAUCCGAUUUUCUGCUACUACUCUCUGGCGUGCCACAGGAGAUGUACUUUAUUUGGUCGAAAUAUCCUUACGUGUUUGGCGAAUACUUUUGCAUUGGACGCGGCGUUUUAGCCGAGACCUCAGCUAAUGCUACUGUCCUCACGAUAACGGCAUUCACCGUGGAGCGUUAUAUGGCGAUCUGCCAUCCGUUUCUGGGUCAGGCCAUGUCAAAGUUAAGUCGUGCCAUACGCAUUAUUGUGCUAAUUUGGUUGGUCUCGGUGCUAACGGCCAUACCACAGGCGGCACAGUUUGGCAUUAUCGUUUGGAAUGGCAUUGAGAAGUGUACCGUUGUGCGGAAUAUCAUCCAGCACUCCUUUCAGUUGUCCACAUUCAUUUUUUUCUUUGCUCCAAUGUCCAUUAUUUUGGUAUUGUACCUUCUGAUCGGUUUACGUUUACAUCGUUCGAAUUUGAUGGGCGCCGCUGGUGAUACUGGUGGUGGUGUCGUUGGUGGCAGGCGGGUUUUUAGCUCGAUUAGUACUGGCGUGAGCGCAACCAAUGGUAGAGGCAGUACUGGUGGUGGUGGUGUUGGAGGUGCGGGUAACGGUAGCGGCCGCUUGGCGUAUGGCAAUAGUAGUGUUGUGCGCGCGUGUGGAACACGCAAAGGGAGCGGCCGCACGAGCAUGAAGGGCACACAGAGCGACACAAUGCUAAAUCGUUACGUGGGCGGUAGUCAGCUGAGUGCGGUGCGCGGACGUAUGAAUCACUAUGGUACCCGACGUGUGAUAAAGAUGCUGGUCGCGGUUGUCAUAUGUUUCUUCCUGUGUUGGGCGCCCUUCCAUGCGCAGCGUCUAAUCGCCGUUUACGGUAUAAAUGUAUUUAGUGGAGAUGGCGUUGGCGUGGUGACGGGCACCAGUGCAGAUGGUAGCAGUGAUGGCGGUGGUGUUGGCGAUGACGCUACUGCCAAUGAUAAGAAUCAUGUGGUGAUAUAUACCGUUAUGACCUACGUGUCUGGGGUGCUAUAUUACCUCUCGACCUGCAUCAAUCCGCUGCUAUACAAUCUGAUGAGCAACAAGUUUCGGCAGGCAUUCAAGUCAAUUUUACUGCGCAAAAAAACGAACGGUUCUCUCACGUAUCGUCGAACGCAGCAAUCGCGUAAUUUCCGCCGAAAUCCAACGCUUACCUCCAGCACUCAACGGGAAUCGAGUGACUCUGAUCCGCAUUCGAAGCACUCAAUGUUGCAGGCAGUCAGCGUUGAACGAACGCAAAGCCAACAGCCACAUUUUGCCAUAGGCUGAAAUAGUUUUUGUGUGUACUUGAUGUUAUUGUGCUAUCAUCUUAGUUUUAGAAUGUUAUACGUAUUUGAAUUUGAGAUCUGACAUUUAGAGUACAAUGGUUGGAAACCCUCAACAAAUGGAGGCUACAUAUAUACAUACAUACAUAGUUAUGUACGCGCAUGUUACUCAAUGUGAUUAUAAG